AUGAAGACUUAAUUGCUUAUCGCUGCUACUUUGGGUUUAACCUUAUUAGGUUUAACUUCAUUUUUACUUAUCCACAAAUCCUCUAGAGUAGAAUUUACUGAAGACCAAAUUAAAAUGUGGAAGAGUUUCAAGUAAACUUAUAACAAGAAAUAUGCUGAUUAAGAUGAUGAUGAAGAAGUUUACAGAAUGAAUGUCUUCUUUGAUAAUUUGGAAUUCACUAAAAAAGAUCCAACUAUGGGUGUUACUAAAUUUAUGGAUCUUACUCAUACAGAAUUCGCAGAACUCUACUUGAAUCCUGCUGAAAACAUUGAUGAAGAAAUCGACUCUUUAUAACCAAUUUAACAUAAUGAAGAUAUUGUUAUUGAUUGGGUUGAAAAAGGUGCAGUUACUCCUGUUAAAAAUUAAGGAGGUUGUGGUGGCUGUUGGUCAUUUGCUACAACUGGUGGUGUUGAGGGUGCUAACUUCGUCUACAAAAAUGUCCUCCCUAAUUUAUCUUAACAAUAAUUGAUUGAUUGCAACACUUAAAAUAAGGGUUGUGGUGGCGGCUUAAGAGAUAUUGCCUUAAAUUAUGUAAAAGAAACAGGUUUAACUACAGAAGAAGAGUAUUCAUAUGAAGCCAAAAAUGGUAAAUGCAGACUUUAAGGUAAGAGCAAUCCUUAUACUAUUUCUGGUUUCACAGCUAUUAAGUAAUGUUCUGACCUAGUAAAUGCUAUUCAAAAAGCUCCCGUUACUGUUGGUAUUGAUUCUUCUAACCUCUAAUUCUAUACAAACGGAAUCUUCUCAAACUGUGGUACGAAGAUCAAUCACGGAGUUCUGCUUGUUGGUUAUGAUUCUGUCAAAGAAGCUUGGAAGGUAAAAAACUCAUGGGGUCCUAAAUUUGGUGAAGGUGGUUACAUCUAUCUCUCUGCUAAGAUUACUAAUAAUCAAAUUGCUAACACUUGUGCUAUUUGUACUAGAGCUUAUGCACCUUACAUUUGA